CGUUCCGAUUCAUUGUCGCGGUAUGAUAGCUACGAUGACGGGGCCGGCAAUAACGACGAUGACAAGUCAAUGAUUACGGAUUUCUAGUUAUCUGAAAUAAGGGCUAUAUAGAGAUUUGUGCAGCAAAUGUCUGAUAUGCGAUGUAUAAAUGCACCUGAGAUCUUCAAUUAAAAGUGCAGUAUUGUCCUCAAACUGAAUUGAUUUUGCACCGUUUAAUACUGACACUUACGCAUUUAUCUAUCAAGCGAAUUUACAUACCACUAGCCUAAAUUUUCACUUCUGCCACCGGCUUGUCCACUAUUCCGUAUAAAUAAAGACGUGACACCAAAUCGACGGCUUGUGUGAAAGUAUAUGCCGCCUCAGCAGGAAGUGUGGAUCAGCUCGGUUUGAUACUUCUCACAGCGUACAGUGGAAAACAGCAUACAGAGCAGUGCUAGAUUUUUAAGUGCAAGAAAUAAUGUUCUUUCGGUUUACAUUGUUAUUAACACUUGUUGCAAUCGUGAUAUCAGUCGCCGUAGAUAAUGAGCCGCAGUCAAACUUAACCGUACGCGUGGAGGAGGAAAACUUUAAUAGCACAAGUGGAAUUGAUAAUGAUAAAGGAUUCUGGGAAUGGUUGUUUGGUUCGGUGGCACCAUAUCCACCAUCGAUCAUAGAACCGCAACAACCAGAACUGCAACAUCCGGAAAAAUGUUCACAAUGCACUUGUGGUUUGACAAACAAACACAAUCGUAUUGUUGGUGGUGUCGAGACGCUUGUCAAUCAGUAUCCUUGGAUGGUUCUAUUGAUGUAUAGAGGAUCAUUUUAUUGUGGUGGUACAGUCAUAAAUUCACGAUACGUACUAACGGCUGCUCAUUGCAUUGACAGAUUCGAUGCGAAUAAAUUGAUUGUUCGAAUAUUAGAACAUGACUGGAACUCGACCACUGAAAGCAAAACGCAGGAUUUUCUAGUGGAGAAAACGAUCAAGCACAGUGCUUACUCCACUGCCAAUUACAACAACGAUAUUGCACUCCUUAAGCUAAAAGAUGCUAUUAAAUUUGAAGGUCCAAUGCGACCUGCUUGUCUUCCGGAACAAGUAAAAACUUUUGCCGGCAAAAAAGGUAUUGUAACCGGAUGGGGUGCCGUUAAGGAAGGUGGUUCGGUGUCACACACUUUACAGGAAGUUGUUGUUCCUAUUCUUUCAAACGCGGAAUGCCGAGCUACAAAAUAUCCAUCGCGUAGGAUAACAGAUAAUAUGCUAUGUGCGGGUAUCACAGAGGGCGGCAAAGAUUCUUGUCAAGGAGAUAGCGGUGGUCCGUUGCACGUACGGGAGAAUGGUAGUCACCAGGUAGUUGGAGUAGUAUCCUGGGGCGAGGGGUGCGCGCAACCCGGAUAUCCCGGGGUUUAUACCAGAGUAAAUCGAUUCCUUACAUGGAUUACAAGCAACACGUUAGACGGUUGCUAUUGUUGAUAUGCAAUU